UCGGAUUCCUUCUUCAAAACCUAAUUUCUGUUUUCUUCUCUCCAGAAUAGAAUCCGACCCAUCGUGCUCGAAAUUUCAUCCCCAUUAAUGGCAACUGGUGAUGCUUCUUUCCUGGAUGAUCUUGACGGAUUGUCCGAUCAUGAAAAGAAUCUGCUGCGUGCGGCGCUUAAUUAUGAUGACCUAGAUAACUCUUUCAAGCUGCGAAAAUCACGUCGCUACAUUCUGAUGAUGCAGAAAGUUGAAGCUGCACUAAUUGAAUCUGAUGAUAAACCUAAAUCAGGUGGCGUUGAUGAUCCAGAAUAUGAUCAGCAGUUGAUAAUAGACUGCACUGUGUUAUCAGUUGACAUUGAGAAUGAAAUUGCUUUAAUUCACAAUUUCAUACGCGACAAGUAUCAAUUGAGAGUUCCAGAGUUAGAGUCACUUGUUCAUCACCCUAUUGAUUAUGCCCGGGCUGUUAAAAAAAUUGGCCAGGAGAGGGAUAUCACUACUCUUGCCAGCGACUUGGAAGGAUUUCUACCCUCAGCUAUCAUCACGGUUUUCUCUUGUUGGCGACUUGGAAAGAUAAUAGAAGCAUGUGAUAGAGUCCUUGCUCUUGAUUCAGCAAAGGAAAAGCUUGUGCAUUUUGUCCAGAGUCGAAUAGGAUAUAUUGCUCCGAAUCUCUCUGCUGUUGUUGGGAAUGCA